AGAUGCUGCCCACCUCACCGAUGUGGGGGGCGGAUGCCCCCUGAUGCGCCUGGAGUGCUGGUCCUGCAGCCCAGUGAGGAGGAAAGGCUGCAGAGGAGACCAGUCUGCCCUGAACCACCCUGCCUACAGCUGUGGUCACGCUCGCUGCUCCCUGCUCACCCCUGAUGCUGCAGCGUGGGGCGAGACCAGCGACUCGGGUCAGGGCACCUUCAGCCAGCCCACAGGGAAGUGCCUCAGUGAGCUGGAUCCAAACCACUGCCUGGAGGAGACGGACCCUGAUGACACCUCGGCCUUCGACUACUCCUCCGUCACCUCGGGCAGCCCUGAUGGCGCCCUGCACAGGAUGCACAGCAACAGUGGGGAGGAUGAAGACAGCCAGGUGCCAGUGCUGCUGAAGCCCAAAGAGAGGACUGUGUGCCUGAGGUGGCAGAUCCCCAGAUUAACCCCCCACCCUCCUUCCAGGACCCCCACAGGGCCACAUGUGGAGGCACCGAGUCUCGUCAGCUCCUUUGGGAAGAGAUUAAUCAGCGUCAGGAAAGGCUCGCCUCCGCUCCAUCUGAAAAGUGCCUUCAGGCCCAUUUGGGACAAUCCAUCAAAGCAGCAGGAAACUGAUUCAGCUCCAGAAAAGGACGUCAGACAAGCGUUCAUACCAGUUCCUGCUGCUGGGAGGAGUUUCAAUGCUUUCAUUCCCAGCAAGGAAAAUCUGAGACCGACGCUGACUCAGCAUGAAACGAACAACACAGCAGCAACAAGCAGCGGCACCCUGUGGGACAGUGAGGACAGCGAGGGACCCUGCAGCACUGUUUGACUCUUACUGUCCUCCCAGGAAGAGGAGGAAAAUUAGAAAUUGGAACAAAAAUUAAGAUUUACAGUAAAACCAACUCAUAACCCUAA